AGAGGGGGGGGGGGAGAGAAAAAAAACCUCCCCGCACUGUCAGGGUAAUGCCAAACUCUGCAUGAGUGGGAAGCGCGGAGCAGAUGCCGGAAUGAGAUGCCAAGGCAGCUCCCUUUCCCCCUGCGCUUUUGGGUGCCUAUAAAUUGCGCCGGCACGGCUGGCAGCCUCCUCUUCUCCUGGCAGGUGGCACGGGGCAGGCUCGCGCGCUCCUCAGCACAGCUCGGCCGCGCUACGCCGGGACGGGCCGGGAGGGGAAGGCGCUCGGAGGCACCAGGGAGGCUCUUGCCCGCGCGCGGCAACUUGCAGCCACCGCUCGCUGCCUGCGGGGAGCUGCUGUCACUGCAAGCAACAACAAGCACACAAAAAAAGAGAAGGAAAAAAAAAAAAACAGCCAAGGGAGAGGCGGGGGGCAGCGCGGCACGGCGCGGCGCGGCGCGGCGCGGGGCGGCGAGGAGCGAGUUCCCGGGAAAGUUGAUGCGAAGUGGCACCGUCUGCAAAAAAAAAAGUCGAUCGCCGGCAGGAGCAUAAAAGUGUGAGCGGCGGCGGCGGCGCGGGCUGCAGGUCUCGGCGCGCCAGGGCAGCGCCGGCCACAGGUGCGGGCGAGCGGCCGCCCGGCGGGCAGGGGCAGGGGCAGGGGCAGGGCCCGGCGCAGGGCGCGUCCCGCGGGAGCCGCAGCGGCGGGCGGAGGCGGAGGAGGAGCGGGUCCGCCGGGCGCGGCGGGGUUUUCGGCUCGGAGAGGUCCCCGCACAACCAGCAAGAUUCUGUCCAAAGGCGGCCGGCAGGAGGAUCGCCCUGCGCUGAGCCGGCUGGUGGGCAGCAGGCGGCGGCUGAUCGCGGCCGGCGCCCUGGGGGUGGUCAUGGUGCUGCUGCUCGUCAUCCUCAUCCCCGUGCUGGUCAGCUCGGCCGGCACGUCGGCCCACUACGAGAUGCUGGGCACCUGCCGCAUGGUCUGCGACCCCUACGGCGGCACCAAGGCGCCCAGCACGGCCGCCACGCCCGACCGCGGCCUCAUGCAGUCGCUGCCCACCUUCAUCCAGGGGCCCAAGGGCGAGGCGGGCCGGCCGGGCAAGGCGGGGCCCCGCGGGCCGCCCGGGGAGCCGGGGCCGCCCGGGCCGGCGGGGCCGCCGGGGGACAAGGGGGAGCCGGGGCGGCAGGGCCUGCCGGGGCCGCCCGGGGCGCCGGGACUCAACGCGGCGGGGGCCAUCAGCGCCGCCACCUACAGCACCGUGCCCAAGAUCGCCUUCUACGCGGGGCUCAAGCGGCAGCACGAGGGCUACGAGGUGCUCAAGUUCGACGACGUGGUCACCAACCUGGGCAACCACUACGACCCCACCACGGGCAAGUUCACCUGCUCCAUCCCCGGCAUCUACUUCUUCACCUACCACGUGCUCAUGCGCGGCGGCGACGGCACCAGCAUGUGGGCCGACCUGUGCAAGAACAACCAGGUUCGAGCAAGUGCAAUUGCUCAGGAUGCUGAUCAGAACUACGACUAUGCCAGUAACAGCGUGGUCCUUCAUUUGGAGCCAGGAGAUGAAGUUUACAUAAAAUUAGAUGGAGGAAAAGCACAUGGAGGAAACAACAACAAAUACAGCACAUUUUCUGGAUUUAUUAUUUAUGCUGACUGAUGAUGAGUCAAAAACUAAGCCUGUACUUCUGAGUCCAAGCACUGGAUUCAUGUGGCAAAUGUCAGUGAAUCAGGAACCCCAGUGGAGACCGACCAUGGGACACCUCAGUAGUGGGGAAGAUCAAAUGCUACCUGACUCACAUCUGUACAACACAGAGAACUCUUAUAUUAAAAAAUUAUAAAGCAAGUUAAACAGAUGUGUGAUCCACUACCGCCAAAGCAAAUACUCCUUAUUGUUAGUGUCCAUGUGAAUGAAGUCCUAUAUAGAUCAAAUUUUUAUAGAAAAAAAUCUAAAGACACUGAAUUACUUCUUCAGUAUAUAUGAUACUUUGAUGUGUUAUGAUCUUGCUGCUUUAUCCAUACAUCAGCUUUGAUCCUUGUGACUUACCUGCUAACAAUGAUGCUUGGAGUCCACUCAUAGUAUGGUGAGGAAUGAUUUUACAAUAAAAGGAAGAGGUAAUUGAAAUAUACUUCUUCUCUCCAAAGGAA